AUGGGGGCAUGUUUAACGUUGGAAAGGGAGGAAAGGGGGGCCAAAAAGAGGAGCGAUGAAAUCGACAGGCAAUUGGGGGAGUUCGCCAAACAGCAGAACAAUGUUAUCAAGAUUUUGUUACUCGGUGCCGGGGAAAGCGGCAAAAGCACGCUUGUCAAACAGAUGAAAAUAAUACAUGCUGAUGGUUUCACGCACGCCGAAUUGAGCAGUUUUCGGCCUACUGUGAUGGACAACCUUUUGGCGUCCAUGAAAUACGUUUUGGUUGGUAUGGGGAAGUUGAGGAUAAAUUUGGAGCAUUCUAGGAACAAGGCGCAUGCCCAGGUCGUUUUGGUGAACAAAAGUUGCUUUGACAUGAGUUUUCAAGUUUUACCCAAUGUUGCUGCCUCUUUACAAGCUCUAUGGUCAGAUAGGGGAGUUCGGCUUGCUGUAGCCAGAGGCUAUGAGUAUGAAUUAAAUGAUUCAGCUCUAUAUUUGUUCGAAAAUAUGGAACGUAUAUGCGACCCCAAAUACGUACCCAACCCAACGGACGUUUUGAGGGCUAGAGUCCGCACGCAGGGCAUAAUAGAGACUCAGUUUAGGAUAAAAGAGAUUAUAGUUAGUAUGUAUGAUGUGGGGGGUCAAAGAUCUCAGAGGAGGAAGUGGAUUUAUUGUUUUGAUGAUGUACGCGCGGUUCUUUUUGUUAUAUCUUUGAGUGGAUACGAUAUGACACUUCUGGAAGAUCCAAAUGUCAAUAGGUUGGAAGAAAGCCUAAACCUGUUUGGACAAAUAGUAAACAAUCCAUUUUUUCGGGAUGCUUCCUUUGUUCUCUUCCUCAACAAAUUCGACUUGUUCCGGGAAAAAAUCCUCUACUCUCAACGUCACUUGCGACUUUAUUUCCCCGACUACAAAGGCCCAGAUAAAGAUGUCGACAGAGGCGCCCUCUUCAUCCAACACAAGUUCGUCUUGCGCAACGGUGAUUCUCGUAAAGUCCUUUACCCGCAUUUUACCACGGCCACUGAUACGGCAAACGUCAGGGUGGUGUUCCAAUCCGUCAUGGAAAUGGUCAUAUCCGCAAAUUUGGGACAGGUUACGCUUUUGUAG